GUCAUGUCUUAUUAUUACAAUGAAGCUUUUGAAAAUCCCGACUACCACUUCUCAGAGACACUGGAAAUUGAUAGAAACAGGAGAUCUCAAAGGAAUCUGUUAUCUCACCAAAACCCCUAUGAUUCUUCACCAUAUGGUAGCUACGGAGAGCCCAAUGGAAGAAGAGAGAAUUACUCUCCAGCCAUACCAAUGGCCUCUGUGAGACAUGGCUCUGAAUACAGAGAAAGUUUUCCAAGAGCUGAUGUCCAAAGCAGAAGUCCAUAUGGAAAAUUCUAUGAUAAUCGUUCCUUUGAGCCUGAGCCAGAAUGGGCAUACAGCCCACCUUCUCUCUUCCAUCCAUUGGAUGGCCCCUAUGCUUCCAGUUUUUCCAAUGUAUCGGAAGCUAACUUUAUUCAGAGGAGAAACAGAAGGCCAUCUGAAGAGAUCUUCAUGACAUUUUCCACCCUGUCUGAAACAGACCCAGUUAUCAUUAAGUCUCAGAACCUGCCACAUGUUAGUGGCAGUGAAAAAGAAAAGUUAGUUGAAAAUCUUGCAAGUAUGUCCACCCGUGAAAGGAUUAAAGCAAUCCAGAAAAUGCCAGAGACCAUGAAAAAAAAGAGAGAAAUCAGGAAUAAUGUUCUUAAAGAAAUAACAGAAAAAUCAGGGAGACGUGGUACUCAACUUGACUGCUGUACACAGUGUCUGCGCAGAACAGAAGUGUCAUUUCGACGAUUUAGAAACAGCUUGUCAGAACAUUUUCACCAACUGUGGUUAUGGCACAAGACUCUGAAGAUCAUUGGUGGCGAGUUUGGAACAAGUGUUCUUUCGUAUUUUAUUUUCUUGAAGUGGCUGCUAAGUUUCAACAUCUUCUCAUUCCUCAUAAACUUCAGUUUCAUCACAGUCCCUCAGUUUAUUGCAGCAGAACCAAAUAACCUUUCAUUUAGGGGUCUGGAGCUGCUCACUGGAGCUGGUUAUUUUCAACAAACAGUACUCUACUAUGGCUUUUACACCAAUGCUACAAUCAGUAAAACGGAGAAUGGUGCAUCUUAUAACAUGCAGCUGGCCUAUAUUUUUACUGUUGGAAUAUAUUUUGUCAUCUGUUUGCUUAUCUUGUUGUUCAGCAUGGCAAAAUCCUUCUGCAGGAACUUCAUUAACCCUCAGACAUACUCUGGAAAUGCUAGCAAACUUCUCUGCACUUGGGACUUCAAUGUAACUAAUGAAAAAGCUGUGAAGCUGAAACAAAAGAAUCUCAGCACACAAAUAAAGGAAGGCCUCACUGAUGUAAACAAGGAAGUUCUAAAUUUUUCUGGAACGGAGAUACUUGUUCAUAUUCUUAUUCAUCUUGGUGCCUGGGCUGCUUCCCUGGGAAUAGCAGUGGCUGCUUGUUCCGGUGUUUACUUCCUCUCCAUUAAUAAUCUAGAGCUGUUUAUGGAAGGGCAUGAAAAUGACCUGGAGAGCCAAGCUGCCAUGUUGGUGCUACCAAUUGUUGCAUCUCUCCUCAAUGUGGUAAUCCCAUUCUUCUACUCAUGGCUUGGACACCUGGAGAAAUUUCAGAAUCCCAGAAACAGGACAUAUGUCACUAUUGCCAGAAAUAUCAUCCUGAAAAUAUCGAUUAUUGGAAUACUGUGCUACUACUGGCUUAACAUUGUGGCGGAAUCGAAGUCCCAGUGCUGGGAAACACUGAUUGGCCAAGAUAUCUAUCGUCUUAUUCUGGUCGACUUCAUAUUUUGUUUGCUUGGCUCUUUCUUUGGAGAAUUUUUACGAAGAAUUAUUGGAACUACAGUCUGUGUAAGCCUGGGAGUACCAGAAUUUGAUAUUGCACGAAAUGUUUUAGAUUUGAUCUAUGCACAGACUUUGACCUGGAUUGGUAUUCUCUUCUCACCUCUGCUGCCUGGUAUCCAGAUGAUAUCAUUUUUUAUAGUAUUUUAUACGAAAAAGGUCAGCCUAAUGAAGAAUUGCCAACCCCCUCGCCAAGUCUGGAGAGCAGCUCAGAUGACAACGUUCUUCAUGUUCCUGCUGUUUUUCCCUUCCCUCACUGGAGUCCUGUCUGUCAUUGCAGUUACUAUCUGGAGGUUAAAACCUUCAGAAGAAUGUGGUCCUUUCAGAGGUUUGUCUUCUAUGUUUGCAGCAGUCUCUGAGUGGAUAAAAAUACUGGAAAAUUACACUGGCUCAAAAUGGGUAGUGUGGAUCUACAACAACUUAAUUACAAGUGAACUUUUCUUCUUCAUCCUCUCCAUCAUUUUCCUAAUUAUUACUUAUCUUUACUGGCAAAUAAUAGAAGGAAGAAAGACCAUGGUCAAGCUCUUACGUAAGCAAAUUGUUAACGGAGGAAAAGAUAAAAUGUUUUUACUUCGAAAACUCCAUUUACUACAGAGGGCAAAACAAAAUCCAUCUGUACCAAGAGGACGAGACCAGCAGGGAAGAUCUUCAUACCACCCAUCCAUGCAACGUGCCCAGCAAGAGCCAAACUACCCAGGCAGGACAUUUGACAGAAAUCAAAACGCAUCCUACAACGAGUAUCCCUAUUCUGCUGGCAUCUUGAAGAGGACUGGCUUCCCACCUGAUAUGGAGACAUCCCAGCCCAGCAGCAGCCCAGGGGUGUCCGAAGCAGUGGCACUUGCUCUACGUGCCAGACAAGCAGCGCAAUGGGAAGAUUAAGAAGACGAUGUAGAUUUCCAACUGCGAGCAGGCAGAAUCAGUGGUGAAUGUUGUCAUUGAUGUUCUGCGGAAAACAAUACUGAUUCACAUUAAUGACUGAAAGAACCACUUUUUCCUCCCCAAAUGGAAGAAAAAUAGGAGACUGCAAAAUGCAUCCUCUCUGCAGUUUAUUGUAAGACAGGGAACGCACUGCAUGUUUGGUUUGGUUUUGUAGUGAAAUUCUGGUGAUAAUAUGGCCAAGCCUGGAGGAAGUUUUUAUCUUGUUUCAGUAAGGGUCACCCCACAGCUAGUCACUUGUUGUUGUCUAAAUGUAAGAAAAAUUGUGCCUAAUUUUAAGUAAAAGCUUUGAUCUAAAACUAUUUUUGUGUGUUAGGUUGUUCAAACAGCUUUUAUCUGAUCUAAACCAAAGGUGGAGUAU